AUGAGGCAGCCGGGGAGGCGGCGCGCGAGCCUGUCCCCCAAUCUGAAGAUCGGGGCUCCCCGGGGCCUCCUCCGCAGCCCCGAGGAAGAGGAGCUCCACAUCCCGUUCGCGCAGGACAGCCUCGUGAAGCCGUGGAGCUCCAUGCACAACGUGGCGGACUGCGACCAGCAGCAGAGCGGAAUGCCCGUCCUAAGGAACAAGUAUUUCCUCAACAUAAACGUUGGAGGGAAAUCAUUCCAGAUUGCUUGCAAGGUAGCUGCUCGCUAUCCCAUCACCAGGAUUGGGAAGCUCGCCGUCUACACAGACCCGAUGAAGAAGCUGAAGCUCUGCGAUGACUACUCGGUGCAGAGGAACGAGUACUUCUUCGACCGAGAUCCUUCCAUUUUCCACUAUGUCUUCCACUUCUACCGCAGCGGAGUCCUGUGGAUAAGGGAUGAGGUUUGUCCCAGUCACUUUGUGGAGGAAAUCGAGUACUGGGGUCUCCACCUGAAAUACUCCCAGCGCUGCUGCCGGAUCCUCCUGGAGGAAAAGCAAGAUGAGCUCAGUGAGUACCUGAAAAUACAGAAGGAGCUGGAGGCGGAACUGGAGCCCUUGGACGCGGCAGAGCACUUUGAAGGGAAAUGCCUGGGGAAUUUCCGGAAGAAAAUAUGGGACCUCAUUGAAAAUCCUUAUUCCUCCAUCCCAGCCAAGAUCAUUGCCGUCAUGUCAAGCUUCUUCGUGCUCAUCUCCAUUGUGGGCAUGACUUUGAGCACAGUAGAGGAGAUGAAGCACAAGAUUGGGAAGAAGUGGAUGGAACAGGUAGAGAUGGUCUGUGCCAUUUUCUUCACUUCCGAGUAUCUCAUGCGGCUCAUCUCCUCCUCCAACUUCCAGAAGUUUUUGCGGGCAGCAUUUAACGCUGUAGACUUAGUGGCCAUCCUGCCUUUCUAUAUCCAGAUUCUCUUUGAGAACCUGGAUGAAGCGGACACGCUUUACCACGAGGAACUGCACAAGAUGGAGAACGUGGGCAAGCUGGGGAAAGUCCUCAAGCUCAUCAAGCUCAUGAGGAUUUUCCGCAUCCUCAAGCUGGCGCGUCACUCCACCGGCCUCCGGGCCUUCGGCUUCACCAUGCGCCAGUGUUACCAGCAGGUUUGCUGCCUCUUCCUCUUCAUCGCCAUGGGCAUCUUCACCUUCUCCGCUCUCAUGCACUCCGCGGAGCACGACGUCCCGGGCACCAACUUCACCAGCAUCCCCUACGCGUGGUGGUGGGCAGCGGUCAGCCUCUCCACCGUGGGCUACGGAGACAUCGUGCCCGAGACGGUGGUUGGCAGGAUUGUGGCGUUCGGCUGCAUCUCCUUCGGCAUCAUCCUGAACGGAAUGCCCAUCUCCAUCCUCUACAACAAGUUUUCCGAUUACUAUGCCAAGCUGAAGGCCCACGAGAACGAGACGAGCCUCUCGCUCAAGCUCUCCAGGAGGAUCCGCCUGAAGCAGCGAGUCCUGCGGCAGCUCUCGUUGUGCUGCGGAGCCGACCCUCGCUCCCACCGCUGA